AUGUCAAAAGUACUCUACAGCUACAAGUACGUGAGCAACGGCUUCGCGGCGCGGCUGACGCUGUCGCAGGUGCAGCAGCUGCGGCGGCACCCGCAAGUGGCGGCAGUGCGCGCGAGUCGGCGCAUAGUAGCGUCCACAACGCACUCGCCCGCGUUCCUCAACCUCCCCGGAACCCUGUGGCCCGCGAAUGGCGGCGUGCAGAGCGCGGGGGAGGACGUGAUUAUUGGAGUGAUUGACAGCGGGAUCUGGCCCGAACACCCCUCCUUCAGCGACAAUGGCACCCAACCAUACGCCGCGCCCCCAACGCGGUGGGCGGGGCGGUGCGAGGCGACCAAGGACUUCCGGCAGUGCGGGCGCAAGAUCAUCGGCGCACGCUUCUUCGCCUGCUGCGGCGUGGACUCCACUGUUGAGUACUGGAGCGCCCGCGACGCCGCUGGUCAUGGCUCCUGGUGUGCCGGAGCGGCAGCGGGCAACAACGGGGUGUUGGUCACGGGCCCCACCGGCGCCACCUUCGGAGCAGCCAGCGGCAUGGCUCCCAGGGCGCGCCUCGCCAUCUACAAAGCUCUCUGGAAGAGUGCGGAUGGGAGCGCGGCGGGGGAGACGGUUGAUAUAGAGGCAGCCGUUGAUGCUGCUGUGGCGGACGGUGUGGAUGUGCUCAGCAUGUCGUUUGGUGAUCUGGGCAUGGAGGCGACUUAUUUCAGCGAUGGCUCGCUGCUGAAUGCGGUGCAGGUGGGUGUGGUGCGGCUGGGUGGGGGGGGCAAGUGGGUGUUUAGGGGUCUACGGACUCCGUCUGUACAAGUCGCUCACGCUGUGUCCCAUGCUCUUCGCUCUAUCACCCCUCCUCCCUUAUUCUCCCCUCCUCCUCCACUCAUCUCUUUGUUCCUCGUUCUCUCCUUCAUUCCUCUCUUACAUCUCCUCCACCCCUCCUCCCCUCUUCCUCACUCCCUAUCUCCCUCUCUCGCGCUCCUCCGUCCUCUCUCUACCCCUUCUCUCUCCGGCCCCCUAUGCGCCCUUCUCCAGGCGAACGUGGUGCUGGUGAUGGCGGGGGGCAACGAGGGCCCUCCCCCGACCUACUACAACUACCGCUCGCUCACCAACGUCUCGCCCUUCUACCUCACUGUCGGCGCCAGGUACGCUCCCCUCUCCCCCUCUCCCCCCUCCCCUCUUCCCCGCCUUGCUUGCCCUUCCUCCCCCCUUCUGUUUUAUCCCCCUCCUGCUUCACCCCCUUCCCACGCUCUCUCACCAACGGCUCCCCCUUCUUCCUCACUGUUGGCGCCACGCACGUGGACAGUGCACACCAUAGGCCGGCAGUACCGCACGCAGCUGCUGCUGGGGAACGGAGUGGCGAUCAAUGGCGUGGGCGUGGGGGGCACGGCGGAGACAGCAGCAGGGCUGGGGAUCAUCUCAGGCGGACAAGCCAUGGUGGAUGGGGGAGACGUGGGCAAGGUGAGGGGCAAGGGGGGCGUGAGUGGGAAAACGGAGAAUGCGCGAGUGAGUGAGUGGCGGGAUCAGAAUGCGCAGCAGUGUUUCGACACAAUGCUGGACCCCGCCAAAGUCGCCAACAAAGUAGUCGUGUGCGACCGCGGAGUCACCUCCAUCCUCUCCAAGGUCUCCGUCGUGGCCUCGCUGGGCGGCAAGGCCAUGGUGCUGGCGAACGUGGCGGGCAGCCCCACGACCACGGUGGAGCUGGUGGAGGGGGCCACCAUCCCCACUCUCCAUGUUUCGCUCGAGCAGGCGGGGGAUAUCAUGGAUUACCUUGACAGCGAUCCCAGCGGGGGAGUAGGGGAGAGGGGGUUCACGAUGGUGCUGGCGAACGUGGCGGGCAGCCCCACGACCACGGUGGAGCUGGUGGAGGGGGCCACCAUCCCCACUCUGCAUGUGUCUCUGGAGCAGGCUGGGGCCAUCAUGGAUUACCUUCUAGCCGACCCCAGGCGAGAGGGCUGGAGGGGAAGGAGAGGGGGUUGUACGGGGUGCCAGGGGGGAAGGGAGGUGUGUGUGUGUGUGUGUGCGCGCGUGCGCGCGAGCAUGGGGGGGGAGGGGGUGCCGGGAGAGGGAACUGUAGAAACCGAGCCACCACCACCAGCAGUUUUUUUUCUGUGUUUUUCCAACGCCUCAACUCUUCCCUCCCCUCCCCUCCCCUCCCCUCCCCUCCCCUCCCCUCCCCUCCCCUCCCCUCCCCUCCCCUCCCCUCCCCUCCCCUCCCCUCCCCUCCCCUCCCCUCCCCUCCCCUCCCCUCCCUCCCUCCCCCAUCGACUCUCUGUUAUGAUUCCCCAACCCGACCCACCACCCAGCCCGACAGCCACACUAGAGCCGGCAGUGACAGCCGCGCCGGCGCCCGCAGUGGCCUACUUCUCCUCCUCAAGCCCGGUAGCCGAGCCCUCCUCAACGCCAGUGUUCUCCUCUCCUCUCUUAACCACUCUAGCAGUGGCAGCGGAGCCGGCAGUGACAGCCGCGCCGGCGCCCGCAGUGGCCUACUUCUCCUCCACGGGUCCGGUGGCGGAGCCCUCGUCCACGCCGCGCAAGCCCUACCCCACCAACGACAUCCUGAAGCCAGACAUCAUCGCCCCGGGCUCCAACCUCUGGGCCGCUUCCGCCGGCGCCAGCCUGGCGACCAAAUCCAUUCCGGUGUUUUCCCUCCUCUCGGGAACAUCCAUGGCUACGCCUCACGUGGCGGGGAUCGCAGCGCUGAUUGUCCAGGCGCACCCAGAGUGGUCUCCCGCGCAGGUCAUGUCGGCCAUUCUCACCACGGCCAGCACAAGCAACACCGCGGGAGGCCCGAUUCUCAACAGCAUCGGCCAGCCGGCUACCCCGUGGGAUAUGGGCGCUGGGCACGUGAAUCCUGCGGGGGUGCUCGACCCGGGGUUGACGUUCGACGCGAGCUACACGGAUUACCUUUCCUUUCUCAGCGGGCAGGGAGGGAAGGUUUCGAUGAAGAGUCUGGGACUGGGUAAGGCGGCCCCCAAGGGGUUAAAAGCGAUCGCAGGGUAUAACCUCAACCGCCCGACAAUCUCCGUCUCACGCCUGCAGAAAACGGUUACGGUGAUUCGUUUCGUGAAGAACGUUGCCGGUGUGAGCUCGACGUAUACUGCUCGGGUGGUCCCCCCGGCGAAUGUGAAGGUGGUGGUUAAGCCGCUGGUGCUGGUGGUGGGAGCAGGCAAGACGGCGAAUUUCACCGUGCAGUUUACUGUGACGAAGGCAUCGCAGGAGUUUUCGUUCGGGAGCUUGUUUUGGGAGGAUGGGGCCGGGCACGUGGUGCGGUCGGUCCUUGCCGUGCAGCCGAUUAAGAAGUAG